AUGCCGCCCCGUCCACAGCCGGUUCCGCCAGCCCCCGACUCCCCACGUUCAUCCCAAUCGCCUCCUCCGGAAGGUGUACAAGGAGACCUCGAGCUUGAGCUCCUUGGGCUCGCCAAUGCCCUCUACAAUCUCGGCACCACAGUCGUCAAUGAUUCCACCAAAGAAAAAGACAAGGUGGGCGGCGGGAAGCAGGUCGGACUUCGAGUCAUACCCAUCAGAAACGAAGUCAUCGCACACUUGUCUAACAUAGACGACAUGGCCCAACACGUCCAAACCAUGAUUCCCAUGCAGGUGUUGACCGACAUCGAUAGCGCACGCAACCCCUUCCACCUUACGAAGGACCGACUAGAGCGCGCUGCGACCGAGAACCAGUUCAUGAACGGGAAAAUUGCCUCUAUCAGCUCUUACUGUCAGCUCCUCAAUGAAGCAUUGCUUCAGAGUUUUCCCGAAGUGACCGAGCAUCUAGAACCCCUCCCACCUUCGUCUCCUGUCAAGCAGUAUGUGAACGGAAGUAUGGCUAACGGAGCUUCAUAG